CUUAAAAGCUAUUAUAUUACUUUAUGGACCUAGUUAAAAAGUGAUUGUUAUUCUGAAUAACUAUUAAGUUUAAUAAUGAUAUAAUAGCAAGUCCGUGUGUAUGGAUUAAAAUGUUUAAAUACUUCAUCUCGGUUGUGCUGUUGCUUGGGUGUGCUGGCGGGGACAAGGAGGCAUGCGUAUAUUUCCGGUCAGAGCAGGUCGGGAACACUUACACCUCCGUGAAGUACACGAGCAUUUGCGAUCAUGGCUGCUGCGCCACUGACGCGGAUCCCCGGAAGUGUUGCGAUGGGAAAUGGUCCCCGUGGAUGACGGCGGCGUUUGUGCUGGCUGGCGUGCUGAUUGUGGGCGCCAUCGUGUUAGCCGUCCUGCUCAUUCUGAAGAAGAAGAAGAAGAAAAGGGAGCAGGUCAACGUUGCAAUGUGCGGAGAACAAGGUGACCUGUUCCAAAUGUACGAGGGAAUGCGGAAGCCGCCCGACUAUAAUCAGCUUUUUUCCCAGCGUCCUACUUCAGCUUCCCGCGCCCAUGACCACACAAACGAGACGGAGACGAAGCUGCCGCCAGAUGAUCUUAGCGUGGACCUGAACGAUGCACGUGAGAUGCAGUCUGUUCCGCCUCCAUCCUUCCACGCGUCACGCGGAUACCCGGAAAGAGCACCUACAACAGUAAUAGUCGCCCAAUCGCCAGUUCGGGAAGGCUGAGCUUCAAUACGUAAAAUUAUGUGUUGUUUUUUAACGUAAUAUUGUUUUUCCACAAUUGUUUCAGAGGAUGUGGUGCAUUUUAUAUUCUAUUCAUGGUACAUCUUUUCUCGCCAUAAAACAUACACCUGUAGACACACCAUUUCACAAAAAAAAUCUUGUUAUAUAUAACCUUUUUUGUUCUGUACGUUUAUCGUUAUGUCAAGUUGUUGAAUUUUUUAUCUUGUUCUUAUUAAAUGAAAUAAAACACGACAGCUGUC